AUGGGCAGAAGUAGAUCCCACUCAGAAUCCAGAGCAGAUGAUAACCCAGGCGAAUUUCUAGUCAACAGGGAAUGGAGGCUGAUGAAGAGGAUUGGGGCGGGUUCCUUCGGAGAGAUAUUCCAUGCCAUCAACAAGAUCACCAAAGAGGAGGCUGCGGUGAAGAUGGAAUUUUUCCGUCAUGGUGCACCAGUGCAGCUUCAAACAGAAUGCCAACUGUUGCGACUCUUGAAGGACUGCCCCGGUGUGGCCAAACUCUUCUGGUACGGUCGCGAUGGUGAACAGAACUUCUACACUGCUCUUGUCAUGGAGUACUUGGGGCCAAGUCUGGAGGAUUUGCAUGUCUCUUGUGACUGUAAAUUUUCGUUGAAAACGGUUGCCCUCCUGGCAGACCAGAUGAUAAAGCGGGUAGAGACGCUGCACAAGCGUUGUCUCAUUCAUCGCGACAUUAAGCCGGAUAAUUUUGCUAUGGGAUGCGGACCAAACUUUAAUACCGUCUAUAUUAUUGAUUUUGGUCUUUCUAAAUUUUAUAUGGACCCCAAGACUAAAGAACACUGUCCAUUCAAGGACUUUCGAAACCUCACUGGAACUGCGCGUUACUGCAGUGUUAACGCCCACGCAGGCUACGAACAGUCGAGGCGGGAUGAUCUGGAAUCGCUUGGCUAUGUCUUUGUCUACUUCCUUCGUGGUAAACUGCCCUGGCAAGGCCUUCAAGCAGACAGUAAACGAGAGAAGUUCAGGAAGAUAUAUAAGAAGAAGAUGAGUGUCAAAACAGAGUCUCUGUGUGAAGGGCUGCCAGAGGAGUUCGCCAAAUAUCUCAAUUACUGCAAAAAUCUCGCUUUCGAAGAGGAGCCCAAGUACCGGUACCUGAGAAGCCUAUUUUGGCGAGUACUCGAUAAAAGAGGCUACAAAUACGAUCUGCAAUUCGACUGGACUAUGCCGGGGAAUGAGUGA